CGAGCAGCAGCGCGGAUGGUUUCUUAUCUUUUAAAGUCGUCGCGUUUGGUAAAACGAACAUUACAAACGAGCUUUAGCGGAGACCAACCAACAAAGCAGCAAAAGGACCGAAACGAUUCACCGGAGAGAAGUUUAAUAAAGUUUCUGUGUGGAACGUGCGCUUCAGGAGGCAGCGGGGAAACACACGAAACUACGAUUAAACUUAGAUCAAAGUUAAGCUAAACUAACGUCUAGCGUCGCUGCUGAUCACGUGCUGACGUCUCGUUACCGGUAAAGUAACGCGGUAACGCGUGUGUCCGUGUGCGUAAAGAGAGAUGCUUGGUGGCCACGUCCCCUUGGAGACUGGAGACAACACGUGAUGAGCUUUACUUAUCAGGUUUAGAGGGAGAGAGACACCGAGCGACACGCAGAGAGAGAGAGAGAGAGGACGGAGCUGGAGUCCGGGAGGAAUUAAAAAACUCGAAAAGCAAACGUUUUCAUCUCGACGGCGUCUUUCCUCGACUUUUUCUUUUUUACUUUCUUUCCUCCGGGAGAGGAGGAGAGAGACGAGAGGAACAGAAGCAGAGGAGGAGGAGGGAGGAGGAGGAGGAGGGGAGGAGGGAGGAGGAGAAGCCGGAGUAAAGUUUGUCCAAGUUUGCACAUCCCUUCGGAAACGCCAUUUUGAUUCCUCUCCUCUUCGGAGCAAGUUUGCAGCCUCUUUCCCUUCUCUUUUUCUUCAUCCCUCCAUUUCUCAUCCACCAUCACCGCCGUUCGCCACCGUCGUCAUCCUCACCCCCACCACCACCACCAUCAUCAUCAUCAUCCUCGCCACGAUGUCUCGGCGCAAGCAGCCCAACCCCAACAAAGUCAAGCUGUGAGCAGUGGUUGCAGACACACACACAACAAACCCGCCCCCUCCCGCCCGAGACUCGAACGAAAGAACGAGCGUUGAUUUACCAAAGGACGGCAGCCAUGGAGAACUCCACUGAGGAGCUGCGAGAAGGAGCCGAUGCCGAGGUCAGCAAAGAAGAAGCAGAGCUGAUGGAGGACAAAACGCACAAUAAGCUCAAAGGAGAGACUAACGGCCUGAUGGAGGAGGAGGAGGAGGAAGCAAACGGAGGCGAGACGCUACAGAACGGAGACCGAGGAGGAGGUGAUGGAGGAGAAGGAGUCAUGGCAGCCGAAGGAGGAGGCGACCUGUCUUCCAUCAACGCCAUGAUGUCAGCGGUGAUGUCAGCGGCGGGCACCAUCAAUGGUGGCAGAACCGGGGACGGAGAGAGCGGCGUUACCUCGGCCAACUCCUCCGCCGGGCCCUCCCCAAGCCCCUCACCCAGCAAGGCGCUCACGUCGGCCAUGAGAGCGCCCCCCAGCCGCAACGCACGGCGCACCCAGGACACCAAAGACGACAGCUCAGCUCACAUCUGUCCACUGUGUGACAAGAGCUGCCAGACACAGCACCAGCUCACCAUGCACAUACGACAGCAUAACGCAGACACUGGUGCCACGGAUCACUCCUGCAGCAUCUGUGGGAAGUGCCUGAGCUCGGCCUCGUCGCUGGACAGGCACAUGCUGGUCCACAGCGGGGAGCGGCCCUACAAAUGCACCAUCUGUGGACAGACCUUCACCACCAACGGCAACAUGCACAGACAUAUGAAGAUCCAUGAGAAGGACCCAGUCAGUGGUCUGCCCUCCGUCAGCCCCCCCUCCCCCACCAAACGCCGCCGUCCGUCCGUUAAAAGGCGGCAGAGCCCUGAUGAGGAGAACAUAGAGGAGCCACCGUUCAAGAAGAUGGUGAAUGAUGCUGGGUCUGAGGAGUCGUCGGCCGUGCUUCGAGGAGCAGAGGAGGAGCUGCUGCCCUGUCCCAUCUGCUUCAAGACUUGCAGCUCCAGACUGGAGCUGGAUGCUCACAUGGACAUGCACCCAGACACCGCUCUGAGGUGUGAUCUCUGCUGCCUCUCUUUCCGAACCCACCGCGGUUUGCUGCGUCACAAUGCCGGCGUUCAUAAGCUCCUUCCUCAGGACCCCAGUGGCCGGCCCUUCAUCCAGAACAACCCCUCUAUCCCCACCGGCUUCAACGACCUGGCCUUCAUCGAUUUCUCCUGCAAGAAGUUUGCUCACAUAGCUCAGAUCUGGUGUGAAACAAACCUCCGUCGUUGCAUUAGUAAAUUUCAUCGGUUCAUUUGUGACUGCUGUGACAAAGCAUUCCCCCUGCGCUCGGCCCUGGACCUACAUAAAUCCACCUCCCACACUGACAAACCUGCCACCAACACAGAGGAAAUGGUGGAGACAGUCAAAGAGGACGGACCUGCAGAAAACGGGGCUGCCACGGAUGAUCUCAGUCAGGAUACUGAGAAAGACGCCCUGCCCCCGGAGCAGGCCAACUUCCUGCAGGGGCUCGGACUCCAGCACAUUUCUCAGGUGAAGUCUGGCCCCACUGACGAUGAGAUCCACCAGGCUCAUCUGGACAGCAUCAAGGUGAUCCAGGUGGAGCCGCCAUGCUCCAGCCUUCCCCAGGAGCCCGCGUCCGGCUACCUGUCUGGAGGCCUGGGGCUCUCGUUGGGGCUGGGUGUGGGCAGCCUGGCCGCCUUCGGCAUCCCUCUGCUGGAGACCUCCACCUCAGGCCUUUCUCAGAGAGAUGCGCUCAGCCUGCUCUCCCUGCAGCCCUUCCAGGCCGGGUUGCUCCUGCAGCCUGACGGAGGCGCUGCUACAGCCAGCGCUGCUUCAUCCGCUGCCAAACCCGAGGCGUGUGGAGCUGGGAUCAUGGAGCUGGCUGAUAUCCAGCAGAUCCUCAGAGUGGCAGCUGCAGCACCCAAUCAGAUAGGACUGACCCUCCCCAACUUGACCAAGGUUUCUGGAUUCUCUGGAGGUCAAGGUCAGGUCCAGGCUCAGAAGGCAAUGCCUCCACUGAAGCCCAAACCUCCCAUCACCCCUCGCUCCAGUCUGACGGCAACGACUCCCCCCCCCCUCCAGAGCUCACAGCAGGCCUCACUUGGCUGCAUCAGCCCCAGCCUGCCUCCCCCCACCCCCACCCUCUUCAAAACUCCUUCCUCAUCGUCUUCAUCUUCCUCAUCGGUGGGGAACGGAGGGCAGAUGGAUGCAGAGUGCAUAGGCGACGCUCACACACCACUGUCCGACUCACCACCAGCAGCAACUACAGCUGUACACGAGGAGGCAGGGAUCAGUGGAAGGAAGACCGGAACCAAAGGAGGGAACAACGCUAACGCUGGAUCAGCUAAAGGCUCAUUUCCGUGCCGCUUCUGCGACCAGGUCUUUGCCUUUUCUGGCCUCCUCCAGGCUCAUAUGCGCUUCCACCUCGGCAUCCUGCCUCACCAGUGCAACAUCUGCGACUACAUAGCUCCAGACAAAGCCACGUUGAUCCGACACCUGCGGACGCAUAGUGGCGAGCGACCGUAUGUCUGCCGGGUCUGCCAUUAUCCUUUUACUGUCAAGGCCAACUGUGAGCGCCAUCUCAGGAAGAAGCACAACAAGACCUCCAGGAAGGACAUUGAGAAAAACAUUAAGUACGUCACCUCCACGACUACAGCGAACAUCCCAGCCAUCACCACCACCCAGGACACGGAGCCAGGGUGCCCCGGAGCAGAGACCACCUGCCGGUACUGUGGUGAAGACCUGAAGACUUACCGGGCUCUGCAGAUCCACCUGCGCACACACAACGGCUGCCAGAGGAAGCCGUUCGAGUGCAAGCGCUGCGGUGCUGCCUUCCUGGCCAAACGCAACUGCAUCCACCACCUGCUGAAGCACCAUCCUGAGGUGCAGGAGCGGGAGAUUGAGGAUCACAUCACCACGCUCCUGCCUAAUGCUGCGCCCGUCGCUACAGUCGCCUCUGUCCAAACUACUCUAGUGAGUCAGAUGGUUCUGAACGGGCUCAGUCAGUCUCCAGUCCAGACGCUCCAAGCGGUGAAAGUGGAGGAAAUGGCAAACUCCAUCUACCCUCCUGAACUGGACCAGCCGCUGGACUUCUCCGCUAAAGGCCGCGGAGGUCACAGCCAAGCGGGGUCUCCUGGGGUCAAAAUGGAGAGCGUCUCCCCCAGCUUCGACUGCUCUGUCCUGGACCAGCCCAUCGACCUGUCGAUCCCCAGCAAGCGGCAGCGGAGAGAGUCUGUGAGUGGAGAGAAGAGGGAAAUCAAGACGGAGCAGAGCAGCAGCAUCGAACUUCAGCAUCUUGCUGUGUCCAAGGAUGAGAAGACAGCUCAGUCGGCUCUACACCCGCAGCUCGGCUGCUACCAGCUCCCCCCUGGAUCCACACCGCCGCCUGCACCCCUCCCCAACCUGAACAGUGCUGCACGAGGCCAGCGCCUCAAACCUCUGCUGCCUAAACCGAUAUCCUCUGGCUCCUCGUCAGCCUCCACCUCCCUAAAGGAGCUCCCUCCUUUGGCCUCCAUUGCUCAGAUCAUCCACUCGGUGUCCGGUGCCCCAGAUCUGCUAAAGAGAGAAGCUGCUUCCCUGGAAGGAAAACAGAUGGGUGUCUCUUCCUCUGAGUGUGCUGCAGACGCUCCAGGACCCUCGUCUGGCGUGGAAACGCAAAGUGACGACACAUCCGAGGGAUCUUCCAGGAGGCGAUCCAGGAAGAAACCUGGUGCUUUGGCAGUGAAGGAGAAGACUACUGUGAGCAGAGGCAUUGACUUGGAGUCCAGCGGGGAGUUUGCCAGCGUGGAGAAGAUGCUGGCUACGACCGACGCCAACAAGUUCAGCAACUACCUGCAGCCUGGUGCUGCAGACCUGGGUGCAAAGAGAGAUGUCGACAGAGAAGAGAAAGAAGGAGGAAUGAGGGACGAGGUAAAGUCAGUGGCAGCAACACCUCAGUCCAAAGGGAAGAAAAACGCCUACUCCAACUCUGUCCAGAAGAUGACCUGCCCCUUCUGCCCCCGCGUCUUCCCCUGGGCCAGCUCACUGCAGAGGCACAUGCUGACACACACUGGUCAGAAACCGUUCCCCUGCCCGAGGUGUGACGCCUUCUUCUCCACUAAGUCCAACUGUGAGCGCCACUUGCUGAGAAAACAUGGCGUGACACACAGGACACUGCGGCGCAACGGCACCCUCGUCAAAAAGGAGGGAGAGGAAGGAUCACCGGAGAGUGCAGAGAGUCAGUCAGAAACAGAGCAGACAACACCAGAAGCACAAGACUUAAGCAGUGCUACCUCUGCAGACACAGGCCCUGCCCCUUUUGCAGAGAGCCCCACCCCCUCAGAAAAGGAGGCAGAGUCAGCGCAUCCAAGCCCCACCCACAGCAGGCCAAGCCAAGGUUGUAGUCCAGCUGCAGAGCAGCAAGAGACUGAAACCAGUGAGGAACCAGAGCCGCCGAGGAGCCCAGACAACAGAGAUGCACAGGGGAAACAGUCUCCUCCCAGCAACAGCAGCAAGGUGGAGAGCACGGAUGAUGACGACUGCCACAGUAACAAGAGUCUGGACCUGAACUUUGGCAAAAAGCUCAUUGACUUCAAGCUCUCUGCAUCUUCAGGCUCCACUCAGGAAGAACAGACUUCCUCCUCCACGUCUUCAUCAUCCACCUCUGCUCCACAAGUAGCCACAGAGAGUCUAGAAGAGAAGGGAACCACACCCGCCUCCUCCCCUGGGGUGAAGCAGCCAGAGUACAAACAUGUCUGCCGAGUGUGUAACAAGAGUUUCCGUUAUGCCACCACCCUUGCUCGCCAUGAGAGGGCGCACCUCUCAGAGGAGACACAGAUUCCAGCAGCGGCUGAGGAGAGCCCACUAGUGAAAGAGGAGGUAACUGAGAGCAACCCCAAUAAACCUAAUGAGGAGGAGCAGGAACAGGAGAAGGAGAUGGAAGCAGAGGAGGAGGAACGGGGCGUAAAAGGAGGCGAGAGUGAGGCAGGCGAGAGCGGGGAGUCAGAAGAAGAGAAGGAGAAGGAGGAGAGGAGCGACGAGGAGGCGUCGGAACCAAAGACUUCAGAGGAAGGAGAGGCUACUGGAGGACGAGUGGAUAAGAGAAAGAAGAUCUGCAACGUCUGCAGCAAACGGUUCUGGUCCCUGCAGGACCUGACCAGACACAUGAGAUCACACACAGGCGAGCGCCCCUACCAGUGUCAGACCUGUGAGAGGACUUUCACCCUGAAGCACAGUCUGGUUCGCCAUCAGAGGAUCCACCUGAAGCCGCGCGGAGCCGGUGGUUCCUCCAAUGCGAAUGACGAUGUCAGCGAGGACGGAGACUCCUGCACCCCGACCCCAACCUCCACAUGCCCACCUUCAGAGAAUGAGAGCGAGUGUGGGAGUGGUGUCGCAGGAACCAAGGAGCUGGAGGAGGAGGACCUCAAAGAGGAUGUUGAGACCGCAGACGUGGCAGAAUCGGCCGAGCUGGAGGAGGAAGCCACUGCGAAACACGUCGACGUGGGUGAAGACUCUGAAUCAAAAGCCAGCGUCACUUCUGAUAACCCAGACGCUGAGGAACAACCCAAACUGUCAGAGUCUUUGAUGCAACACACCUCUGCUGAUGCAAUUCCCAGUCAACAAGCUACUGAAACUACUAACGACGAGCCCCCCAAAGAGCCUUCGUCCUCCAGCUGUGCACAAGGAGAGCAGGCAGCCGCCCGCACGCAGGGCUUCAUCCAGGAACUGUUGGAGGUCCAAGCCAAGCCCCCCCUGGAGCACAUCCUCCCCAGUGGAGAGCCUCCUCUGGUUGGAGCAGAAUGACAGGAAGCUCCCUUGGAGGUCCAACCCACCAUAGUGCCAUACAGUACCACAGAAGAAGAUGAAACCCUUUGUUGAAGUGCCUUACUACUAGUCCUACUUCUUUGAUGUUUUUGCUAUAUCUUUAUCUGCAUUAUUACGGAGGAUGGAUCUAAUUUUUAUAGCUUUUUAUUAUGACAAUGAUUUGCAUUACUAUUUUUUGUGCGGGGGAAUCUAUAUAUCGGCAAUAAAAAUAAUAAAAUUACAAUUUAUUGUUCUAGAUUCUGUUGGAGAAUUGAUGAUCAACCUUGUGCUGCAGAGACAGACGAGACUGGGAUAGACUGUCAGCAUUUAUCUUCUGUAUUUAAAUCACAGCAGGGCUUUGGCCGCACAAGAGACUGAACAAUCUGAUCAAGCUUUGGAUUUGAGGGCAAACUAGUCGGUGGGAACUGGAUUUUGUUUUUGGUCACAGCCACAGAGCGUUCUGAAGUUCACCAGCCGCUUUUCCUGAACAGUGGUUUAGAGACUUGUGACUGAGCGUAAAGGCGACUGCUGGUGAGCAGAACCGUCAUCUCCCACAUGUGACUAAAGGAAGCUUUUUGUAACUGGAAAUCGCCGACCGCUUGUCGUCCUGUUUCGCUUCCACCUCGGCCGUGUCUUGGAUGAAUUAAAAGCACACAGAACAUUCACAAACAAAAGUCGCGACAGGUGUGAACCGAAGUGUCGCCCUCAUCCCUGAAGCUACGCUAUGAGCUGGUGUGUGCGUGUUUAUAGUUUCUCAUUUAGUAAUUUUCAGUUGAUUCCAUGUGUGUACAAAGUUCAAACGACGCUCAAAGCUAUUUAGAGUAUUUUGAGUUUUUCUGCGUGUGCGAUUUUCGGUGAUCUUUGGGGAUCUUUGUCGAUGUUUUGUAACUGAACAAAUCAAAAGUGUGUCUGAAUUUGUGACUGUGGCCUAUCUCUCAUAUUUGCCCUUUAGUGUCUAUUUAGCUGCGCUGUGCUAAUGUUUGUCAUUACUAACACCUGCACAGGUUCACAUACCUCAACCUCUGCUUUUACCACAACCCUUUCAAUCAAAUGUCUUCCUGGAACGGUGAGCAGAGCUAAGUCUCAGCUGUCGUUAAGUUGGCCAAAUGACAGCUAGUCAGGGCUAACCUAGCGUAGCGCCAAGCCUACUAAGAUGACCAUCGGUAGGACUCACAAAGUAAACAGCACUUACUCCUGAGUAUCAUCCACCAAUGCUUCAAAGGGGCUAAUGCUAGCUAGAUUAGCUAAAAUACACAGUGAUUGGGUUUAAGAGACAAUUAGCUAGCCCUAGACAAAUCCACACCAUUGAGCUAAGCUAAGUCAACAUUGUUAGUCUCAGCGUUAGAUUAACAACUGAACAUUUGCCAGCAGGGGGUCACUGACACCAGCAAACAUAAAUAGCUAACAGCUCCACUAGCUAACAGCAGGGUCCUGCCAGUAUUAUUCAAGUGUUGAGUCACCCGAUGGUCAAACAUGCUGUUGAUUUAGUCAGAGUUUAUUAUACAUGAGGUAAUAAUUGGCGUUGAUGACAAUCAGUAGUAAUCGUCAACUGUAGAAAAGAGAAAACCUUGUUACAUGUUAAAGUGUAUCUGUAGAAGAAAAGGCUGAUGGAUGGACGUGGGAUCCAUCAAUAGAUGUAUGGAUGGAGAGCGUGUGACUGCAGCACCCGUUUGUGUUCUUCUCACCAACCAAACUGCACAGAUCCACAGCGGAGUAGAAAACUUCAUUGAUGAUCCUUAUAUUUCAGCCAGAGGGACGCGUAGCAUGUUUUCCUUUCUGUGUCAAGAGAAACAUGGCUCAUUCUUCUUGUACAUUUUCAUCUACUUGUUUUUUGUUUGUUUUUUAAAAUCAAUCAACCUCAUAAGCAAAACAAAUGGAACCUCAGCAGCUCAUAAGUGAACUGUAAGGCAGCGUCGCUCAGUCGCGUAAUCAGAUGAACAGCCAGUCGACUGACUGGACGCUGCUGUGAACUGGCACUAAGAACUUCCACAACUACGUCUACUACUAGUACUACUACUACAGUGGAACAUCUUUACCAACAAGACAGAGACAUGUCUUCACUUUGUCUUAACCAUUAUCUCCCUUUAUUUUAUAUAACAUACAUUAGAGGUGUGGGAAAAGGCCAUAACACCAGAAGUUAACAAAUGAAUAAUGAGUCACAUGGAGAAAUUAGCCUUUAUUCAUGCUGUAAUGAAACAAGCUCAUCUAGAAACAUACCAGCACCAGAGAAUGGUCCUAGUCACAGGUCUGAUCCCAAACAAAUCUACUCCAAUGAACUGAUGUCAGAACUAAAUGUUAUGAACUUGUUAGACGACGUAUCCGAAUAAUUGACCGGUUUAGAAACUCGAGGCUUCACACCAGCUGGAAGCUGGACAAUCUGCUACCAAGUUCACCUGAAGUCAUUUGAACGUUAAGUUUCUUGUGUCUUGUGUGUUCUCUCUCCUUCGUGUGGCCAUAUGAAUACUGGACUUCCAUUCAGAUGCACAUGGACUGUUUUUAAAUGUAUUUAUUUGGAGCCCAGGUGUGUGUGUGUGUGUGUGUGUGCUUGUGUGUGUGUGAGGAUGCAAGUUUAGUUUCUACAGUGACUUGAGAAGAAGCCAUGUAUUAAGAAUAUCACAUUUAUGCUGCAGAGCUGUUUUGAGGAACCGAUGGUUUGUGUUGUGGACUAACCGACCUUUGCCGUAGGGAGCGGCGGCCGGGUGCGAAUCAGACUUAGCAAUAAAAGAAAUCUCUCUGAAUCCAAAAAGCUUUAAGUAGAUUUCCUGUUUAAGAGUUGAGCUCAGACUGUCUGGGUCUAUUGGUUCUAUUGUUUGUUUUUAGUUUGGCUGAGAAAUGAUCUUUGUUGUGUUAUUUUUUUCUGACAUAUAAAUGCAUAUAAAACUGUGAAAAUCUAUUGUGUUCAGUUAAAGGGUGAAUUUUAGGUUAGUUUUAUUUUGCAUGGUAAUCUAAUUUGUUUAAUUCUGGAUGAUUUCUCCUUCUCCAGCUUCUUUGGCGCUAUACAUGAAUAGCAUCUCGCUCUCAGGGUCUUUCACAAAUCCAUUAUUCAAAAUGCUUAUUGUUCUCACUUCCUGAGUUGCAACUUGUUUUUUCCAAGUCCUGAUUAAUUUUUUUGUUAAAUAAUGGUUCAUAACUGUCAAUCACUACACUUAGCACUUGAGUGAACUCACCAUCACCUGACAGAAAGAAGAUAGUUGGAUUUUGGUGUUUUCUAACCAGAAUGAGUCAGUUUUUGUCCUGGUCUCUCCUCACUCUGACACAUUUUGGUUUGUCUCAUGUUGAAUUUUUGGUUUAGUCAGAGGACAAAGGGAACACACACACACAUACACACACACACACACACACACACAUACACACACACAGCAUUAACACACAAUCGUCUGGAGACUGGUUUUCUGAGCCUGUUUCCAUCCUAUCUUUUCUCAUUUCUUUUUUCUGGGUUGACAGUGUUCACAAAGUCAAGAGAUGUAAACCUGUUCUGUAUUCACCCCAAUAAGAAAAGCAAUAAAGGUUAUAUCAAGGAAAGGUGUGAAUCAAA